AUGAGAAAGCACACUGCCAUUGACAUCAAUCUUGUUCUUGUGGGAAUGGCUGGGACUGGAAAGAGUGCCAGUGGAAACACCAUCCUUGGAAAGAAAGUCUUCAUGUCUAAACCCAGUUCAAAGCCAGUCACUGCAGAGUGUCAGGUGGCAGAAACAGAGAUAAAUGACAAACAUGUGCGUGUGAUUGAUACUCCAGACAUAUUUGAUGAUGACCUCAAAUCAUCUGACAAAGACAAACAUGUAAAAAAGUGUAAAGAGCUUUGUAAGUCAGAACCCCGUGUGUAUCUCCUCGUGAUGCAUGUGAGCAGAUUUACAGAUGGUGAGAGAGGCAUACUGACAAAGUUAGAAAAAGCUUUUGGGACCAAAGUUAGUGAACAAACAGUCAUCCUGUUCACUCGAGGAGGCGACCUGGAUCGGGAAGAAAUGAACAUGGAGGAUUUUUUGAAUUCAUGCCAACCUAAGCUGAAGGAAAUAAUUGAAAAAUGUGGCAAAAGGUGUGUUGAUUUUGAGAACAGCAAAUCAGAUUCAGAUCAAGUCAAAAAACUGAUGGACACAGUGAUCAGAAUGUUAGAAAAUAGGCAGAAAUGAUAACUUCAUGUAUCAGAUCAGAGAAAGGAAGUAAUUUCCUGUGUAAAGAUAUAAGUAGGUAGGU